AGAGACACCAGGAGCAUCAUGACACUGGAAUACCUGCCGGUCCUUACAAUUGCAGGUAGUGAUUCCAGCGGAGGGGCAGGCAUACAAGCAGACCUGAAAACAUUCACUGUUCACGGAUGCUACGGUGCAAGCGUGACUACUGCGCUGACUGCCCAAAACACCACUGGUGUGCAAGCGGUGCACGGAGUACCUCCUGACUUCGUAAAGCAGCAGAUGAGCUCUGUUUUGGAUGAUGUUGAUGUCAAGGCGAUCAAAACUGGUAUGCUCUUCGAUACAGAGAACACAAAGGCAGUCGCGGAGAUGCUCAAGGGCCACUUUAAUGCCAAGGGGCACAUUCCAUUAGUCUGCGAUCCCGUCUGCGUCUCUACCUCCGGCCAUGUUCUCUUGCACCCAGAUGCCGUGGAUACCCUUAUAGAUGAUAUCUUCCCUCUUUCGGACCUCAUCACUCCAAAUAAAUCAGAAGCGGAACUUCUUCUUAAACAACGCCAUUUGCCUUCUCACAUUGCAAGCUUAGAAGACAUGAUCAGCGCUAGUCGACGGUUGAGGACGCUCGGCCCACAGGCUGUACUUUUGAAAGGCGGUCAUUGCGUAGUUUCGCUAGCGGAUGUUACAAAUAUCUCCUCUGACGACACGCAGGUGAUCCGAGAAGGUCUUCUGGACGAUAACGCGAAUAUCCUCCGGAUUCAUGGAAGGAAUGAAACACACGUCGACUCACUCGUGGUAGAUGUCCUUUGUACAUCUGACGACCGCGUCACUAUUUUUGCUAGGACUAGACUAGAGUCGACGAGUACCCAUGGCACUGGUUGUACGCUGAGUGCCGCGUUGGCCUGUCAACUUGCGAGGGGAACGCCGCUGACUGAAGCUGUAAGACUUGCGGCUGCUCAUAUCCAUAUUGGAAUCGAGACCGCUAAUCCAAUCGGGAGCGGAUUUGGCCCUUUGAACCACGUCCAUUCAAUUGCUCCACGUCUCAUCGCGCCGCGAACCAAGACAAACCCAUACCCACUUACGAGUUCUCUUAUACGGGGUUCAAGGGUAAUUUGGAAAGAGUAUGUUCAACACGAGUUCGUAGUAUUACUGGGCAAGGGUACCCUUCCAAAGGAACACUUCCUUCACUUCAUUAAACAAGAUUAUCUUUAUCUCAAAUAUUAUGCUCGGGCGUAUGCAUUCCUUGCAGCCAAAUCGCAUGAAUUUGCACCCAUAUUGGCCGCUAUCGAGGUAGUCUUCAGCAUAGUUCGAGAAAGCUCGAUGCACACGGGUUAUUGUAUCGAGUGGGGCAUCACAGAGGACGAAUUAAUCAAUACCCCCGAGUCUCCCGCCUUAACAGCUUAUGGGGCUUUCCUUAUCGACGCCGGAUUGCAGGGCGAUCCUAUGAAACUUAUGGUCGCCCUUGCUGCUUGCCUGCUCGGUUACGGAGAAGUUGGCCUGUGGCUCAAGGAAGAGGCACAAGCGCCCAACUCGUGGGUUCGAUUGGAGGGUAAUCCGUAUCUCAAGUGGAUAGAAGACUAUUCAGGCGAUGUAUAUCAAAUGGCGGUGAAAGCCGGACUAGAAACGCUCGAGAACCGUGCAGCAGUCGAUGCGCCUUCCCUUACCAGGUUCACGGAUUGGCAAGAUGUCUGGGAACGGUGUACGCGGCUGGAGAAGGGUUUCUGGGACAUGGCGAUGAACCUUGCGUAACCACAUUUUGUUAUUAAACUCGCCGAAGUGAUGCUGCCAUAAUGAUACUCUCGCGGAAACAUCCCAUCCAC